UGGCUUGACUCUAGCCCAGCAUGUUCGCUUUCAGUCCCGAAGAGAAUAAAGUGUGCAGUACCCUUGUAACCUGUCAGAAAUUGGUGGAGGUACAGUCGGUCCUGGGGUACCAGCAGAGCGGAGAGGGUAAGAGUGUCACAAUCCAGGGACGUCAGAAAGCGUGCACCCGCCUCCCAUUAAUAAUCCCCGGCAUGUGGAAUCGCGUUCUCCUUGAAUGACCUACACACAACCUCUUACACGAGUACUGAACGUCGCUUCAUCACAGUUGGAUCACCUGCUGGGGAGGAGCUGGGUACACAGCGGGCAACAAGUCGAAGCGAGCCUCUGGCGGGCCUCUGGCCGACUGUGGAGCAGCUGACCCGGACAACAAACUGAGACACGUUGCGACUCCCCCCCCCACCUCGUGGCAGCCAAGAAGGACUGGAUAAAGCCUAGAAGUUUCAGAGUCAAUCUUCAAUGUUUGAGCCCAGUAAUUAAGAAGAAGGGGCACUGCAAAAUUUCUCGAGGGUACAGGCGUUCACAUGAUGUACACAAUCACCAGAGGUCCCAGCAAACUCGUUACACAACGGAGGACAGGUAACACACAACAGAUCGAGAGCAAGUUCGGCGACUUGAAACUCAAGCCGACGUCCUGGCUCACGUCAAACGCUCCACCUCCAAAGAUUGUGUUCAAUCGUCUCAACGGGAAACGCUACCACAGUGCAGCCGCGCAGAAGACCGAGAGCCCAGCGGAGGGAUUCACUCCUGCACAUGAGGAGAAUGUCAGAUUUGUAUAUGAAGUAUGGCAGGAGGUGGAGCAGAAGCUGGAGGACAGAGGGGAGGUGGCUGACAGCCCAGGGCCCGUUCAGUACUCUGAGAAGACCCCGAGUACUGCGAUGAAGAACUUCGUGCCCAUCGACCUGGAAGAGUGGUGGGCUCAGCGCUUCCUUGCCAACAUUGCCAACCUGUCAUGACUGGGGCGAGGCUUCGAGCUGGGACAAGAAGCACCGCGCUGAUGCAUCCAGAAGUUGCCAUAUUUGAUCAUCGCCGCACGGGCGGAAAGGAGGCGAGCCCGUCUCCAGGAUCUGCACCGUUGUCUCUAAUUUGGAAUGUGAUUUGACGCCUCGUGCUUCACACUGCUGUAGAGAAACCUGAGUGCACAACGAUGCAAACACAGUGACCUGACUGAACUCUUGACAGCACUGACUUGUGUUGUGCUGCUCUAAAGGGUCCCUCUCUCUCUCUCUCUCUCUCUUUCUCUCUCUCUACUUGAAUGAUGUAUCAGAAGCUGUGAGAUUUUCUUGUUCCACACCCUGCUUCCUUUCUCAAGUGUGCUCAGCUCUGUGAGCGUCUUGGUCGAUCUUUGGAUGUAAAGCUACCGAAGAGCAAAAAAAAAAUGUAAAAAAAAAAUUUUUUUUUCAAAAAAUUCUGUGAGAUGGCAUUUCUUUGCAGUUAAUUGGGUCUUAGUUUGUUGUUGUAUUGCAAUAACACAUCUGACUGUUGGGCUGAAAAUUAACUUCUGUUUCACUGGGCUGACUUUUUAUACAUCAUCUUCACUGUACUCAUUUUUAAAUCAAAAGCCCUUUUCAGACAUAACAUUACUGGCUUAAUCUGUUAAAGUGACACAUUUGUCAUUCAGACAUAUGUGACAGCAAUGGAAAGAGACACCGUACUUGCAUAAUUGUUGUCAAACUUGCAAAAAUCUGUAGUUGGGGCGAUGCACAUAAUCAAUAUCAACUCUAGUGAACUGCAACUUUUAAAUGUUAGUGACAACGGAGAGCACGAAGACCAGGGUGUAUAUGACAUGCUGCUGAGAGCUGUUCAGGAUCUUCUCUUGUGAGCGGAUGUGUAAAUGCUGCUCUGUCUUAAGAUUGCUGUCAUGACUUUUAUGGAAAGUGUGACCCGGAUGUUCAUUUGGACACCUUGUAAGAUGUAAUGGGAAGGAGUGCAUGUCUGAAAGGGGCUUAAGCAGCCAUUUGUAAACCCCACACCACAGCCAUCAUUCAUCUGAUUUAUUUUCUUAAU